AGAAAUCUAGCCAGUCAUUUCCUGUGCAAACCCUCCUUCACUUCACAAAAAGCCACAGUUGAGUAAAUCACGAGGAUCUGGGGUUGUUCCUUCUCCCAGGGAGCUCUCAUGGACCAGCAGCAGCAGCAGUUCCACACCGAGCCAUUGGCACUGCUGGGAUGAGCAUGGGCUCUGCAGGGCUUCUCACCCAUGGAUGGAAAUAACUGGGGGUCUGCCUUCAUGCCAGUUAACACUUCUUGCUGCUUGACUUGGCUUCUGCUGGGAGGUUAUUUCCCCUCUGAAGGAUCCUUUGGAACUCCUUGUCAGAUCAGUUCUGGGGUGGAGCUUGCAGCAACUUUUCUGACGCUCUGUCUGUGCAAGACUGACAAUAAUUAACUCUCUUGAGCGCUGUAGAGAGAUGGAAACUGCAACUGAGAAAUGAUUUUGGGCAGAGGAAGGCAGAAAAGCACAAGCAAACUGUUAUGGAAGUGCAAAUAUCCUCCUAAAGGAUUCGGCAGAUGUACCAGCUAUGGAGUCUGGCUGCAGCCCCAGCCAGGGAAAUUUCUCUUCAGAUGAAACCUGUUAACCAUUUGGAGGGAGUGCAUGGGAAUGAGCAGGAGGUGUUAAACCAGAGCUCUGCUGCAGGUUUAGUGCCCCAACAGGGAAGAUCUUUGCUGAUCUGCAGGAUCAUCUCUCCUGGCAAUGGAUAAAUUCACAAAUGGGCAGCCAGGCCCAGCUCAGAGGAACAGGUUCAUGGGAUUGCUAGAAACAGAUGACAGCAUCCAGGAAGAUAAACCUGCCCUGAGUAAAAGGGAAGAAAGGUCAGGACAGGGAAGGAAAGGAGAGCCACAACCCUUGGAGACACCUUAUCAGAAGGAGAGCAGUGACUUUGCCCCUAAAGUCAAGAUUAAUCUGAACUAUCGUCCAGGACUCGUCAGCAACCAGAAGGACCCGAAUCGCUUUGACAGGGAGCGGCUGUUCAGCGCCGUGGUCAGGGGCAGCCCAGAGGCACUGGAUGGUUUGCUGGAGUACUUAAGGAGGAACUCCAAAUUCCUCACCAAUUCCGAGUACACAGAUGCAAAGACUGGGAAGACCUGCUUAAUGAAAGCCCUGCUGAACUUAAAAAAAGGGAAGAAUGACACAAUCCCAGUCUUGCUGGAGAUAGACCAAAAGACACAGAACCCCAGGCCACUUGUCAACGUGUCGUGCUCUGACUGUUUCUACAGAGGCCAGACCGCCCUGCACAUCGCCAUCGAGAAAAGGAGCCUGGAUUUGGUGAAACUGCUGGUGGAGAACGGAGCUGAUGUCCAUGCCAGAGCCCACGGUGAAUUCUUCAGGAAGAAGAAGGAAGGAGUUUACUUUUAUUUUGGUGAACUUCCCCUCUCCUUGGCUGCUUGUACCAACCAGCUCGAUGUGGUGGAUUAUCUUUUGAACAACCCCCACCAGAAAGCCAGGCUGCAGGAGCAGGACACGCAGGGCAACACCGUCCUGCACGCCCUGGUGAUGAUUGCAGACGACACCGAGGAGAACACCAAGUUUGUGAGCACAACCUACGUGGAGAUCCUGAAGGCGGGCGUGAAGCUCGACCCCACCUGCAAACUGGAGGAGAUUGUGAAUUAUGAUGGGUUAAAUCCCCUGCAGCUCGCUGCCAAGACAGGCAAAGUGGAGAUCUUCAGGCACAUCAUCCAGAGGGAGAUCAAGGAGCCCCUGUACCGGCACCUGUCCCGCAAGUUCACCGAGUGGACCUACGGCCCCAUCCACGUGUCCCUCUAUGACCUGUCCUCCCUGGACAGCUUCGAGGAGAACUCUGUGCUGGAGAUCCUGGCCUACAGCAGUGACACCCCGAAUCGGUACAAGAUGGUGGUGUUGGAGCCACUGAACAAACUGCUCCAGGAAAAAUGGGAAACAUUUGCUUCCAAGAGAUUCUACUUCAGCUUUGCCUCCUACUUGUCAUUCAUGAUCAUCUUUACAGCCAUUGCAUACUAUCAGCCCCUAAGGGUAAAGCCUUCCUUUCCAGUGGAGUUCACAGCUGGAGGCUUCCUGUGGGUCUCUGGCCUGAUCAUUAUCUUGUUGGGAGGAAUUUACCUGAUCUUUGCUCAGAGCCUGUACCUGCGGAGGAGACGCCAGUCCCUGAAGACCAUGUGCUCUGACAGCUGCAUCGAGAUCCUGAUCUUCAUCCAGGCAUUCUCCUUGCUGCUCUCAGCAGUCCUGUAUGGGGCCAGCUCGGAGAACUACGUGGCAGUGAUGGUGUUCUCCCUGCUCCUGGGGUGGGUGAACACCCUGUACUACACCCGCGGCUUCCAGCGCACUGGCAUCUACAGCGUCAUGAUCCAGAAGACCAUCAUGAGAGACCUGCUGCGUUUCCUCUUGGUUUAUAUGAUCUUCCUGUUUGGCUUUGCUGCAGCUCUGGUGACGCUGAUGGGCGAUGCCCCCCCAGUGUCUCAGAACAAGUCCCUGGCUCACCUGGAGAGCGCGGGGAGCCACGCCAUGUACGGGGGGCUGCUCAGCGUCUCCCUGGAGCUCUUCAAGAUCACCAUCGGCAUGGGAGACCUGGAUUUCCAGGAGCACACGAGGUUCAGAUACUUUGUCAUGCUGCUGCUGCUGCUGUUUGUGAUCCUCACCUACAUCCUGCUGCUGAACAUGCUGAUUGCCCUCAUGAGCGAGACUGUCACGGAUAUUUCUGGCUACAGUAAGAGUGUCUGGAAGCUGCAGAGGGCAAUUGCUAUUCUAGAAAUAGAGAAGGCCUGGCUGUGGCGCCAGGGUGGGAAGAGGAGAUCUGGCUGCUUCAUGUCAGUGGGGCUCAAUAAGAAAGAUGAGAGGUGGUGUUUCAGAGUAGAGGAAAUUAAAUGGACAGAUUGGGCAAAGGAUGUGGGAGUUCUGAAGGAAGAACCUGGAAGCACCAGUGAUUCAGAAAUAAAUCCAGAAGCUUCCUGCUGAUGAAGGGCUGUUCUUGUGUCCCCUGCUGCAGAGACCAGGUCCUGGAAACGGCCAGCACAGAAACCACCCCGAGCAGCUGCCCCAGAGGAGCAGUCCCUGCUGCAGCCACAGCCACCAGCCACAGAGAUGGUGCCUCUGCAGGGACAAAGCAGAGAGUUUUGACAGCUUUUCUGAGCUGCAACCUUGCCUCCAUCUUCAGAGGAGUUCUUCCUCCAGCAGCUGGAAGAACUGAAGGCAUUGUCAGUAGCAAAGUGCAUUUUGUGGAGGACUGUGGUUCAGCCUGUGGCUUUCAGUAUUGUCAUGCACUUUAAUGAUUAAUUUCCUCUGAAGAAACAAUUUUUACUCGACUUUCUCUGCCUGACACUUUCUUAUUACUAUGCCUAAAGAUCAAGAGGUGGGAGCAAGCUCCCGGGGCAGUGGGGAAGGCAGAGCUCUCUGAGCUGUGCAAGGAUAAUGCUCAUGGAUAAUGCCCAUGGAAUGAGCUGGCUGAGGAUGGCUCAGGCUAUUCUUUUGUCACAAGGGAUUGCACUGAAGUGCUUUGGAAUAAAUAGUGUUGUAGAGUCAGAGAAGCUGCUGAGAGUGGAGUUGUCUCCUGUGCUGGUGUGAGAUGUGAGUGGGCAAACGCUGACCCUGCAGGCAGCCAGAGCCUGCAGUGUGUGGCAGCACCUGCUGUGCUCCAUGGUUAAUCCAUGCCAGGACCCCCAUUUCACACUUUUAGAAUUAAAUUCUUUGUACAUUUGCUUAAAAGCACAGGAAGUGAUGUGGAUUUCCUGGACCUGAAACUUUGCGUGGUGGAUUUCUGGGACUUCUGUUUUUCACGGGUUGCUUUGCCUCUGCAAUAAACAGCAGCAGAAUCCUGCUCAUGGCCCCUGAGAGACUGAUGGACAAACAUUUUUUGUGUGGUUUUUGCUUCCUGUUACUCUUGAUGGGCAUCCUGUCUUGCUGCAAAUGUCUGCAAGGACCUCUUACUUUUUGUGACUUGCACCCAGCCUCAGGCAGGAGGGGCAGCCCACUGUAAACUCUGUAGGAAAAGAGAUAAAAAUGAGCUGUCUCACUUUUCACUCUAUUUAACAGUAAAAUUUCAACAUGUAAAAUUUCUGUAAACAAUACAGCAAGUGUACUUAAUUCAAUACUUAAUUGAAAAUGUUCAUUUUUGGAUGUAUUUUUAGAGCUUCUGCCUUUCCCAGAAAGGGAGAGAAGGUGUUAUCAGUGUGGACUGUAAGCUCUUAUCAGAUUCCUGAUUACUGCUGUGGGAGUUAACUCUUGUUGUCCACGGUCUCGUGUCAGUUUGUGCAGCCACAUCUGAGCACAGAGCAGCUGAUGCUGCACUGGAUGCACCUUCCAGUCCAGGGAAAGGUUGGUGAGAAUCCCAGGAAAGCUGCAGACCACAAGGGUUGGCAGCACCUUUCCUUCAGUGAGAUAAACUAUGCAACCUGAGAUCUCUGUCUCAAUUCCACUCUGAGUGAGGCUGGGAGGUUUUCCUUUUGGAGACCAUCAUCUUAAUCCUCACUGCAUGCAUGUGACAGGCAGAAAAACCUUGUUUGAAAAUUUAUUCCCUGCACUUCAAUGGGUUCUCCCCCCUGUGCUGGGCAAUUCCUCCUCCAGCAUUGGGACUCUGAGUGGGAACUGACUUUUCUUGCUCCAGCUUCUGUUGUUUUCUUGCUUUGUGAAGUCUUCAGCUGCUUUUUCCAUCUAUGGCCUUGUCCUAAGUGUUCCCAAGAUUUGGCAAGGUGCUCAUAUUGCACGGAAGGCUCAUCUGGCAUAUGAUAAAUCUAUCGCUGUGCUUGGUGCUUUGCUGUGGCAGGGACACUUGGAGGUUCUAAAGAAAUGCAGGAUCAGAUCUGCCAUCCCUGUCUGGAAUCCUAAUAAAUGAUCUUGCUGGUAGUUUGGGGAAGCUGUGGGCACUGGCAGCUUUCAGCAUCACCUUCCUCUUCAGCCAUUCCUUGAACCUGCUUCUCUUUUUAAGCUUGGCAGCGCUCGUUUUUCUUUUGAUGUGCAUCAGGAAUGUUCUGCUGUGGAGCAGGGCUUUGGCAUCCCCAGAGGCUCCCAGUCACACCCCAGCCCAGCAGCCUCAUGGAUGGAGGAUGAUGAGUAGCAGGCCCCUCGGGAUUUUGGGGUCCACUCUUAACAGAUGAGAAUGUUUUGUCAGGAAACCCUUCAGUCAUUUUCACAAGAACUUCUCAACAGGUGAGCUGUCCUCUCCCUCCUGCCUCUGACAGGCAAACCCUGCUGCAUGAGAACCCCUUCCUGUGCAGAGGGGGAGGCUUUGCAGGGCUCUGACUAAACAAAAAAACCUCUCACAAAUGGCAGUGGAGGAACAGCUGCAGUUUCCUUCCUCUGUCCAAAGCACAGAGACUCUGGAGGCCCAGCCCUGCCAUGAUCAGACACCAGCAGCUCCCAGCGCUUCCCAGAAGUUCCAGGGCUGCUCAAACCCUCUCAAUAUGUUUUGGUCAGAAUUCGUUGUCCCCUGGCAGGGUGGGAAAUGAACCUUGGGCAUCCAAACCCAUCCUUUACCCCAGCACACUUUGCCUGGUCAUUGCUCUUGUGCCCUCUGUACAAGGCUCUGAGCUCUCCCCCCCUCACAGAGCUCUCACAGCUUAUCUCUGCAAUUUUCCUAAAAGAAACUCCAUGUCUGCUCUGUGUGGCUCCCAAUUCCCUGUUUUCCUCACAGGCAGAGAUGGAAUCAAACCAUCCUUGUUCCUCAGAUGCUUUGCACAUUUGGGUUUUUUUCCCAUCUGUUUUUCCAAAGGCUGCUCUGAAGCUGGAGCCAGCAUGGGGAGCUUUAUCCGUGAGCUGAUUCCCUCUCACUCCAUCCCCCUGUGACCCCACUUGCAACUGAACAUAUUUUCCAUUGCCUCUGGAGCUCACAGAGGGAGCCUUUGAAAUGUGACAGCCCCAGGGCCCCGACAAAGACCAGAUGCUUUCCUUAAGUCCCAGGAGUGGCCCAGGGCUUGGGUGGAAGGGUUUCAGCUGGUGGAGUUUGCAGCUGAACUCUUCCUGGGGCUGCCUCUCACUUUUGGGCUUUGCUGUGCUCAAGAAAUUUUCCUUUAUUGCUCUGUGACCAAAACAAAAUUUUUUUGUUUGUUUGUUUUUUGGAGGAAAAAAAAAAUUGAAAAUGAAACUUCUACUUUGCAGCCUCACAUCUGCUUCUGCAGCACAAAAAAACCCCCAAACCUGAGGCCAGACAGGGCCAGGCAAAGGCUCAGAAAGACGCAGCUGUGGCUGCCUCGUGGGAGGAACAGAACUCAGUGCAAGAGGGGUUUUUCUUGCUUCCUCUUUGGCCAUAAUCUUUUCUUUCAGCUCAGAUUUGUGUCAUGUGGAGUGUUACAGCAUUUCUGGGCUGUGAGGAUUGUUGUCAAAUGUUAAAUACACAGAGGAGAGUUGGAAGUAGCUAGAAAGUGCCUGUGGGGGUUGUUGUCUCUUUUCUGAGAAUCCUUGGAAAAGAUUUUCUGGGCAAAGAGAGCCAUGUCUCUAUUUCCCUGGGAAGAAGAGCUAUCAGCAGCUGACAGGGUUGGUUUUGUUGGUGUUCACAUCUCCAACACUAAAGUCAGUGACUACAUCAUUGCAGAAAAAAAUAAUUCUGUUAUUCUGGAAUCCUCUGGAUUAAAACCUUCAUCCAUUAGGACAAGAAUGAACCUGAAGAGUGCCAGAGCCAUUUCUUUUUGUUCAUCCCAAGCUUACAGUGCUUUACCUCUGCAGCAACUACAUUGGAAGGAAUCAUGAAAUUUGGAAAAAGAGUGGGAAAAAUUCAGCUAACUGUGCUGUGCUGUAUUUCUGUUCUACUCUCAUGGGUCACAGGGUGGGAGGUCGCCAGCUGUGCUAUUCCUUUUUCUGCUGUCAGAUUGUUGAAUAAUGAUUUUGCUGCUGCUAAACUGGUUACAGGAUCUGUCCCUGAGGAUAGCUGGAAUAAAAUAAAUAAUGAGAAUCGAUCCACAUAUAAGUAGAUAUGUGAAAUUUUGUUCUAAAAAUUGCCUUUACUGCUGCAAAGGACACUAAUUCUGCAAAGCUAUAUAUAGAGAAUUCCAGCAAAAGGGCUGCUUGUCUCUUUCUGGAGCACAGGUUGGGUUUUAUUUGGGAUCAGAGCUCUGCCCAUGGAUGUGAAGCCUCAUGGGCUGACAGAUGCUCUCCUUGCUGGAGCUGUGUUUGAUGCUGUUUGAGGGAAGGAGGAAGGGUUUACGUCCAUUGCCUGGAGACAGAGGUGAAAACACUGGCAGCGUAAACACUCUGUGCUGGGGAUUUUCCAACCAUGCCUAAGUAGUGACAAAUAAAAUAUUCCUGCUUCAUGCUCCCUGCUGGAUGUGCUCUCCCUGUAUGGUAGAGGACUGCAGGCUGCAGCCAGAGCUCCUGGCUUAGUCAUUAGAAAAUUGGAGAGAAAUAAAGAAAUA